AGCCUGUGUUUCUUUUUAAGGAUUUCCUGCCCCCUUUUUACGAGUCAGAUCUUUCGACCAGAGAGUGCGCACCUGCGUAGGUGAAAGGAACCAUGAGUGGAUUUUUGAAGACCGUCUUCAAGAGUGCAGCUGCUGCUCCGGGUCCGCUGAAGAUCGCGGAAGCGCCGACGGCCAUCUCCUACACCCUCGCCUCCUUCCGCUGGCACAUGGACACACGCACUCCGGUGAAGGCAAUCGCGAUCCACGAUUUCCUCGGCAGCUGUGCGUCGUGGCAGCAGCUGCUGCAUGAGCCGUUGGCAGACUUCCCGCUGCUCCGUCACACCCCGUCUGACCCGCUGGAGGUCUUCUGCGCUGACUUGCGAGGGCACAACUUCUCCGAGAACGCACCCAUGACGUCGGCCAAUGCCUUCCCUCUGGCGUGUGCGGCGGACGUGGUGAAGAUGCAGGCAGAUAUUCUUCGGUGUGAAGCACCACUUUUCGGCAUUGGCCUCGGCGCCCUCGUUGCCUCCUGUGCCGCCCUGCACGCGCCGGAGGCCUUCUCGUCGCUAACACUCUUCGUGAAGGACCUGGCGGAGCUUCACGAGUGCAAGCCAGCCUCGUACGCCUUGGCGGAUGUCGUUCGGCACGCACCGCGCGAGGCGAAGAGCCUGGCCGACCUAAACGCGUACUUGCAAGAGAAGAUUCCCAGUGCCACGGAGCGCGCCACCUUGCUCUCUACUGUCGAAGUCCGCAACGGCUCGUGCCGCUUCCGAUUUAAUAAGGAGCUGCUAGAGCAAAAAGAAACGUUUGUUCUUCAGGCACCUGCAGAGCGCAACUUCACAAAGCCCACGACAAUCUGCUUGUACGGGGAAGGUGGGAGCAGCGCACGGGCGGCGGAGGCGGCGGUGCGGGCUCGCUUCCCGGCAGCCAAUAUUCUGCAGCUGGACACAAAGGGCAAAGUGGCUCCGCUGGAUGCCGUUCCGGUCGUGCCGCUUCUGCUUCAGUCGUGCAACCUGCUCGGCCAAAUUAACGAAGGUGCCGCGGAGUGA